AUGAAUCUUCGGACGCCUGACCGAUCGCCGAUGGUCAAAUUCCCCAUUUUGGUUUUCGUGUGCAACGGUUUUUGGUGUCCCAUGUGGUUUUCAACGACAAAAAAAUUCUUUUAUCACUGUUACACCGUUUUGAGUGCUUUUUUCGUCACGAGCUUUAUGCUGGCGCAAUUUAUCGAUACGCUCGUCAGCGCUGAUACGAUCACGGAAUUUGUGAACAAUUUUAUCACUUUUAUGCCUACGAUCAAUGCGCUUUGCAAAGCGUUAAAUCUUCUGGCGAAACGCCGAAGAAUUAUUGAACUUAUGCACGAUCUUGAUAGUGAAAGAUUUUACGGUCAUAAUUCUCGAGAAUUCAUGAUACUGAAAAAGUGCAGAAGAUUGAGCAGAUUCAUCGGUGCCAUCAUCACAGUCAAUACGCUGGUUACUCUCGAGUGUAUGGUUUUUGGACCAAUUGUGAAAAAUCAUCAAUCACGAAAACUGCCGUUCGGGGCGUGGGUGCCGUACGACAUUAACACCGAGUUUUUAUUUUGGCUGACGUUAAUGUGGGAAAAAGUCUCAGCGAGUGCAGUUGGUUUAGCAAACCUUGCGAAUGAUGUUCUCAGCAUAUCGAUUAUGAUGCAUUUAUCCGGGCAGUUGGAUAUACUCAGUGAUCGAUUGAUCAACUUAGCUGAUGAUCCUCCUGGAGUUGCUUCCAAAGAAUAUUUCGACCAACUUUACGAAGACGAAGAUUCGGAUCGAGAGAAGAAAAUUCGAGAUAAAUUCGUCGAUUGCUUACACCAUCACAUGUCGAUAUUCCGUUGGCGUGAAAGUGGUAGACUCCGACAAAAAAGUGUGGGGAAAUCGGAUUGCUGUUUGCUUCACUAA